CCGCCCCUUCCGCUCCGGGCGCCUGCGCGCGUGCGCCCGGCGGCGGGGUGCGCGCGCGCGCGGCGGAGGGCGGGCGGCUCCCCUCACCCGCCCCCCGCGCCUGCCUGGCGGAGGAGGAUGAGGCGCCCCCGCGGCGGGGGAGGGGGCCGAGGCGGCUCCUGAGGGUCCCCCCGCGUCCCUCCCCGCUGCCGCGUCAUGGAGGAGAAGUACAGCGGCCAGGCCUUGGCCGCCGGCGGCGUGCUGGGGCCCGUGGAUGUGCCCAGCGCCCGGCUGACCCGGUACAUCGUGUUGCUGUGCUUCUCCAAGUUUCUAAAGGCCUUGGGGCUGUUUGAAUCCUAUGAUCUUCUGAAAGUGGUCCACCUUGUACAGUUCAUCUUUAUAGUGAAACUGGGGUCUGCGUUUUUUAUGGUUUUGUUUCAAAAACCAUUUUCUUCUGGAAAAGUGGUAACAAAGCGUCAGUGGAUCAAAAUUUUGAAGCAUGCUGUUGUGGGAUGUAUCAUUUCACUCUUGUGGUUUUUUGGCCUUACUCUUUGUGGACCACUGAGGACAUUGUUGCUGUUUGAGCACAGUGAUGUGGUUGUGCUAUCACUCCUUGGUGUUCUGUUCACAAGUUCAGGUGGAGGACCAGCAAAGACAAGAGGUGCUGCGUUUUUCAUCAUAGCUGUCAUCUGCCUAUUGCUUUUUGAUAAUGAUGAUCUCAUGGCUAAAAUAGCAGAACAUCCUGAAGGGCACCAUGACAGUGCUCUUACCCAUGUUCUGUAUACAAUCAUUGCUUUCCUGGGUGUUGCAGAUCACAAGGGAGGAGUGCUGCUUCUGGUGCUGGCGUUGUGUUGCAAGGUUGGUUUUCACAUGGCUUCCCGAAAGCUCUCUGUAGAUAUAGGUGGAGCCAAGCGUCUACAAGCUUUGUCUCAUCUUGUUUCUGUCCUUCUGUUGUGCCCAUGGGUCGUCGUCCUCUCUCUUACAACAGAGAGUAAAGUAGAGUCCUGGUCUUCUCUCAUCAUGCCUUUCAUAACAGUCAUCUUUUUUGUUGUGAUCCUGGAUUUCUAUGUGGAGUCUAUAUGCUCUGUCAAGAUGGAAGCUUCCAAGUGUGCUCGAUAUGGAUCCUUCCUCAUUUUCAUUAGCGCACUGCUUUUUGGCAACUUUUGGACACAUCCAAUAACAGACCAGCUUCGAGCUAUGAACAAGCCACCACACCAUGAAAGCACAGAGCACGUUCUUUCUGGAGGAGUGGUAGUGAGUGCUGUUUUCUUCAUUUUAUCUGCCAAUAUCCUGUCCUCCCCCUCCAGGAAAGGGCAGAAAGGCACCCUUAUUGGCUAUUCUCCUGAAGGCACUCCUCUGUAUAACUUCAUGGGUGAUGCAUUGCAGCAGAGCUCUCAGUCGUUACCCCGGUUUAUUAAAGAGUCACUGAAACAAAUCCUUGAGGAAUAUGAUUCUAGACAGAUCUUCUACUUCUUGUGCCUAAAUCUGGCAUUCACUUUUGUGGAACUUUUCUAUGGAGUGUGGACCAAUAGCCUUGGUCUUAUUUCUGAUGGAUUUCACAUGCUUUUUGAUUGUUCUGCUUUAGUGAUGGGGCUUUUUGCCGCUUUAAUGACAAGAUGGAAAGCAACUCGCAUAUUUUCCUAUGGGUAUGGGCGUGUAGAAAUUCUUUCUGGAUUUAUUAAUGGGCUCUUUCUAAUGGUAAUUGCUUUCUUCGUCUUCAUGGAAUCGGUGGCCAGACUGGUAGAUCCUCCAGACAUAGAUACAAAUAUGUUAACACCAGUCUCUGUUGGAGGGCUCAUAGUAAACCUUGUUGGUAUCUGUGCCUUUAGCCACGCGCACUCCCAUGGGGCUUCUCGCGGAGGCUGUCACUCGCAUGAUCACAGUCAUUCUCACCACGGGCAUGGGCACAGCCAUGGGCAUGGGCAUUCCCACAGUGACCACGGGCAUGGCCAUGGGCAUUCCCAUGGGUCUCCUGGAGGAGGCAUGAAUACCAACAUGAGAGGUGUAUUUCUACAUGUGUUAGCAGACACUCUUGGCAGUGUUGGUGUUAUCGUAUCCACGAUAUUUAUUCAGCAAUUUGGAUGGCUGAUAGCUGAUCCACUCUGCUCUCUUUUUAUUGCUACGUUGAUUUUUCUCAGUGUUAUCCCACUGUUGAAAGAUGCCUGUCAAGUACUUUUGCUGAGGAUACCUCCAGAACAGGAGAAGGAUCUGCAUGCUGCUUUAGAAAAGAUUCAAAAAAUAGAUGGAGUCAUAUCCUACAGAGAUCCUCAUUUUUGGUGUCACUCUGCGAGUGUUGUAGCAGGUACAAUACAUGUACAAGUGAUGUCAGAUGUGUUGGAACAAAGAAUUGUACAGCAGGUUACAGCAAUUCUUAAAGAUGCUGGAGUAAACAACCUAACGGUUCAAGUGGAGAAGGAAGCCUAUUUUCAACACAUGUCCGGCCUCAGUACAGGAUUUCAGGAUGUCCUUGCAAUGACUCAGCAGUUGGAAUCCAUGAAAUACUACAAAGAUGGUACUUACAUCAUGUGAUAAGAAACUGUUCAAUAGAGAGGAUGUAAACAGUGAAGCUGUAGGAUUCCAUAUUUGUAUUUUUUGUCACAGGAACUUGCACAUACAUGUACAGAAACAAAUGUACUAUAUAUAUGAAUUUUUUAAACAUAAUAUCUUUAUUAAAAUUGGAUCAAGAUGCUUUUAUAAAAGAAGUAAGAUGGACUAGAAUAUUUGCUGUAUAUGCGGAAAUAAUGGGAAUCUUAAGUACUGUACUUGGUGUUUAUUAAACAGAAAUUUUGCGACUUGUGGAUGAGCACAGAUAUAUUCCAUACUUUCUCAUAAGUAUGGAACAUCAUAAUUAUAAUUUCCUUUGCCAUGGGAAAUGGAAAUAAUUUAGGUUGCGAUAGAAACAGAAUCAAGUGAAAACUUUUUUUUCAUUCAAAUGUAGCUAGAUGACUUUGAAUUAAAAAAACCUUUACAUGUUUAUUAUGGGGAGUAAAAAAUAAACAAUAUGAAGCUUU